AGCAGCUCCCGCUCCACCACUGACUUGUCUUACAGUCAGUCAGAUUUGACUGCGCUGCUGGGCUCGUACGUAUUUAGCCGGCAUCGCAGCAUUUAGCACCGUUAAUUCGCUCCUGCGCUUCAUUAUAGCAUGGAGUGCAUGGCGACGUACAAUCCUGCUACAGCCUAACGCCCGUACAUCACAGCACGGCGGCUCUCCCGUUCUCUUACUCCACUUGCCCCAGGCGUUACUAGCAGACAUGGACAAAGAAAGGAAGCUUUCCCGGCAAUACGGCUCCCUGGAGCACACGAAGUGGAAAGCUGAGGUGAAUGCAGAUGAAGACAUCGUUUCCAUGGCAGACUCUACCAUCACUAUAGAUGACAUCGAGGGGGAGCUCUUCAAGAUUGAAAGGAUAAGGGAGGUCCUGGUCAGGAGGGAGUCGGAGCUCAGAUACAUGAUGGAUGACAUUCAGCUUUGUAAAGAAAUCACCCGACUGAAGAAAGAACUCCAGAAGCUUGUCUCGAUACCAGAUAAAGAUAAGUCAAAUGAAGACAAGCAAAAAGAAGAGGAGCUUCUUCAACAGAUUCAUAAGCUUGUGGAAACCAGAGACUUCCUGGUGGACGAUGUCGAGUUCGAAAGGCUGAGGGAAAAAGAAGAAGACAAGGAAAUGGCCGACUUCUUGCAGUCGAAAUUAUCAAAAGACCCCAUCAGGGAGAAGAAAAUGACUUCUAGAGCACAGCAGACCUCCACGCCUUUUGUGACCAAGACAGGCCUGAGGCUGCUUAAAGAGUGCUGUGGCUUCACCUGCUCUGUAAUGUAAAACAAGGCCAAGGGCUGCUACGUGAGAAGGGGCCUUCCCUAAGGGUCUGUGUCCUAAGGGAAUCUCGUUGGAAGCUGAGGAGUGCUGGGCUGGAGAGCGGCCGCGUCUUAUCUGUGUCAUUGCUUGUAUUGCCUCCUCUUGUCUCUUUCCCAUUCUCCCGAGAUGUGACGUAGUGUGUGGACUUUUCAAAUAAUUCUCCAGGGUCCUAAAAUCAAGUGCACUGUUCUGUACAGGCAACAAUCCAAACUCUAAGCUGAGAACAAGUUUUGGUCAGGGAGGACUGAAGGGAUCACUGGUCUGUUGUCUUCACUGAUAACCCCUCUGCUGGACCACAGCAAGAUGAUGACGCCUUAUUAUUGGGUGUCAUCUCAUAGCUGGAAUGGGCCCCUACAGUAGAUAUUUUCCUCACAUAAAUUUGUCCUGGAUUCACGGUGUUGCAAACAAAAGACAGGAGACAAGAUAGUGGACCUUGCUAAACAUCCUGAUCUUCACAACAUUGGCAAAUUCAUUUUCAGGGAAGACACAAUUGCCCAGAGGACGGGGGGACCGUGGUGGAAAUGGCAUUUUGAAUGUUGUCUGAGCACCAGAAGCUUAAAAAUAUAUUUUAUAGAUUUGUUAAUUGAAUUAUUUAUUUUUAAUUAGGUCAUACGGUGCUCUUGGUGAAUGUUGCUGUAUUACAGUGUUAAGUUUUAACUAAUAGUUAUAUUUGUGCAUGCAAGGUAAUCUGAUUGUAUCAUUCCAUCUUUGAGCCCCCAUCUUUAUAAUACCCUGUGAAUCAUAAAUUAUUAUGCUGGGGCAAUGACAUUUUUCAGCAUGAUUCACAAUUAAACCUUGUAUUUGUUUAGAAAUAUAAGUAUUUUCUAUAUGGUUAAAGUUUAUGUAAACUGUAAUGCAUUUUUUUAUUGUCAGUUUUAUUUUUUGUCAUGUUGUACAUGGAUUUUUUGUUACCUACGAUUUACUGUUUGACAAACUAACCAUUAUAACAAAUAAAGAAUUAUUUUACAAAUGACA